CAGCCGGCGGCAGCGGACCAGGCGGCACCGUCUCCUCAGCGCCGACAGCAGCUUCCCCCGCACAGAGCUUACGCCAUGGAAGAGGAGAUCGCCGCCCUCGUCAUCGACAAUGGCUCCGGCAUGUGCAAGGCCGGGUUCGCCGGGGACGACGCCCCCCGCGCCGUCUUCCCCUCCAUCGUGGGUCGCCCCCGGCAUCAGGGUGUCAUGGUGGGCAUGGGGCAGAAGGACAGCUACGUGGGGGAUGAGGCCCAGAGCAAGAGGGGGAUCCUCACCCUGAAGUACCCCAUUGAACACGGCAUUGUCACCAACUGGGACGACAUGGAGAAGAUCUGGCACCACACCUUCUACAACGAGCUGCGGGUGGCUCCCGAGGAGCACCCUGUGCUGCUGACAGAAGCUCCCCUGAAUCCCAAGGCCAACAGAGAGAAGAUGACACAGAUCAUGUUUGAGACUUUCAACACCCCCGCCAUGUACGUGGCCAUCCAGGCUGUGCUGUCCCUGUAUGCCUCUGGUCGUACCACUGGGAUUGUUAUGGACUCUGGGGAUGGUGUCACCCACACCGUGCCCAUCUACGAGGGUUAUGCUCUGCCCCAUGCCAUCCUGCGCCUGGACUUGGCCGGCCGUGACCUGACAGACUACCUCAUGAAGAUCCUGACAGAACGAGGCUACAGCUUCACCACCACAGCCGAAAGGGAAAUUGUCCGGGACAUCAAGGAGAAGCUCUGCUACGUCGCCCUGGACUUCGAGCAGGAGAUGGCCACUGCUGCCUCCUCCUCCUCCCUGGAGAAGAGCUACGAGCUGCCCGAUGGCCAGGUCAUCACCAUCGGCAACGAGCGGUUCCGGUGUCCAGAAGCUCUGUUCCAGCCCUCCUUCCUGGGCAUGGAAUCCUGUGGCAUUCACGAGACCACUUUCAACUCCAUCAUGAAGUGUGACGUGGACAUCAGGAAGGACCUGUACGCCAACACGGUGCUGUCUGGUGGCACCACCAUGUACCCUGGCAUUGCUGACAGGAUGCAGAAGGAGAUCACGGCCCUGGCACCCAGCACCAUGAAGAUCAAGAUCAUCGCCCCGCCGGAGCGCAAGUACUCGGUGUGGAUCGGAGGCUCCAUCCUGGCCUCGCUCUCCACCUUCCAGCAGAUGUGGAUCAGCAAGCAGGAGUACGACGAGUCCGGCCCUUCCAUCGUCCACCGUAAAUGCUUCUAAAUGGACUUGCCGGGCGCCCGCGCCUGCCGCCCCUUCUCAUCACUGUGUAUGUUUGCCCAGGCAAAUCUAUACACCUCGUGCUAGCCUCAUACAACUGGAAUAAGCCUUUUUCCCCUUGGAAAAAAAAAGUGUGUGCCAGCUGGCAGAGCAGUGCCAGCUCUGGACGGUUGAUGUCACCUUGUUUAACCCUUCCCUUGCUGAAAUACCCUGCGCAGCCCCCCCACCCCCCGCAGUGCCCUGCGCAGGGUAGCGGGAGCCAGGCUGUGCUGUACAUCCAGUGUGGAAUAUUCCAGAUUUCCUGUAGAGGCUGGUAGGAGUCCCAUCGAGAAUUCACUUCUGUUGCUGCCGUUCUUAAUAGCAAAAGGUUGGGAAAAUUUAAAACCCACCCAUCUCUGGUUCCAUGUCCUACUGUCCCCAAAUCCUGGUCGGCAUCACGGGGCUGAACUUCUUCAACUCGAGUGGCUGAAACUUGGCAUUUACACCUGUAAAUUUACACAUUGUUUUUAAUUUAUGUCAGAUAUUUUUUUUUGUACGUUGCCUUAAUGUUCUCACACCGACGGUAGGAAACCAAAAUUUGUUAAAAGUCCAUCUGGAAGUUUUGAGAAAUUGUAAUGCCCAAUGACACAUCAUGGUGUAAGGAAAAUAAAGAGGAAAAAAAAAAGCUGCAGUAAACUCCA